UUUCCACCAACUUACACCACGUGUCCUAUCCUAUGUUUUGAAACAAAACUAGAGUCCUUUCUCAAGCUCCCAUAGCUACAAUCCAUGGCGACUCCACCUUUUCUUCUUCUUCUUGUUCCUCUGCUACUCUUCUUUCUGUUACAGCCCUGGACCUUACAGCUUGUGCUGUCUGCCUCCAUAGUCAAGUAUCUCCCUGGUUUCCAAGGUCCUCUGCCUUUUCAUCUUGAAACAGGGUAUAUCGGAGUUGGUGAAUCGGAGGACACCCAGCUUUUCUACUACUUUGUAAAGUCGGAGAGAAGACCUGAGAAAGAUCCUCUGUUGCUGUGGCUCACAGGAGGCCCUGGUUGCUCUGCUUGGUCUGGCCUUGUCUAUGAAAUAGGUCCACUAAAUUACAAGAUUGAGAAAUACAAUGGAAGCCUACCCAAGUUGAUCUUAAAUCACUACUCCUGGACAAAGGUGUCCAAUAUAAUAUUUGUAGACUCGCCAGUUGGUACUGGAUUUUCAUAUUCAAAAACAUCAUCAGGAAAUCACUGGAAUGAUUUUAAACAUCUGGACGACCUUUUUCAAUUUUUCAAAAAGUGGCUGAUUAAUUAUCCAGAGUUCAUCUCCAAUCCUGUUUAUAUAACUGGAGAUUCUUUCUCUGGGAUGAUUGUCCCUGCCCUUUGCCAACUAAUCUCAAAUGGGAUUAAGGAAAGCACCAUACCAUCUAUAACUCUAAAGGGAUACAUACUUGGGAACCCUCUAACAGAUCAUUCAACAAACGAAAAUUACAAAAUCCCAUUUGCACAUAGAAUGGCACUUAUUUCUGAUGAACUAUACAAGUCCCUGGAGAAUAGUUGCCAAGGAGAGUAUAAGAACAUAGAUUCCAACAAUACCAAGUGUUUGAAAGCUUUCCAAUACUACCAAAAGUGCAUUUCAGGAAUUAAUGAAGCUCAUAUUUUGGAACCGGACUGCCCUAAUGAUCGUUCUCUAAAACCUCAUAAAAUUAGAAGAUGGUUGAAUCAAAUGAAUUCUCAAGUGUUUCUCCUUUCUGAUGAUGAUGAUGACUCACCAUUUCCUCCAUUCGGUUGUCGAAACUAUGAUCACCAGCUUUCUCGUUAUUGGGCUAACGAUGGUGAUGUUCGCAAAGCACUUCACAUAAGAAAGGGAAGCAUACAUGAAUGGCUGCGGUGCAAUUACGACCUAAAAGAUCAAUAUAAAGUAGACAUUGUAAGCAGUUUUCAGUAUCAUGUAAACCUCAGUGCUAAAGGCUACAGAUCUUUAAUAUACAGUGGAGAUCAUGACAUGGAUGUUCCGUUCUUGGCAACUCAAGCAUGGAUAAAGUCUUUAAAUUACUCCAUUGUAGAUGAGUGGAGGUCAUGGAUUGUUGAAGACCAAGUUGCAGGGUUCACGAGGAGUUACUCCAAUCAAAUGACAUUUGCAACUGUUAAGGGAGCAGGGCACACAGCUCCCCAGUACAAGCGAAAGGAAUGUUUUGCAAUGUUGCAAAGGUGGAUCGAUGGAAAACCUUUGAUGUAUGACUUACGAGAGAAAUGGGAUUUGGUUUAUGGUAGGGAGACAUUUUGUGCUGAUAAGACGACUACCCAAAGAAGUGAGAGUAUGAACAAUGCAAUAAAAUGUUUUGUCAAUUACAAACAGAAUCCUUUACGCUUUUUUGAAAAUUUUGAAAGAUUACUUGAUUAUCGUCGCUAUGAGGAGUUACAAGUUGAUUUCAAAGCGACCCAAAGAAAAGUAAAAUUGUCAUUUGAGGUUGAAAUUUUGAAGCAUGCAUCAAGUUUUUAUACACCAGCAAUGUUAAACAUGUUUCAAACUCAGGCAAAGGUGAGAGAUGAAUUGGAUAAUUGUGCAACAAAUGACCAUAGUGAAGAUCCUAAAAUUGCUAUGGUGAAUCGUUAUCACGAGUUGUGUAGAUUAUUUCAAACUUGUGUUGUAACAAAGGCAUCAAAGAGUGAGAAAGCAUACAAUUAUGCUAAGAGUUAUCUUAGAAAGAUUGUGGAAGAAAUUGAUGAUCCAUCAGAUGACCAAAUCAUACAUAUCUAUGACGAGAAUCAAUAUUCCAGCAGAGCGAGGAAUAAUAUUAAAGGAUUCAAGACAAAAGGAAAGAACGAAGGAUCAAGUGGAAGUGGAAAGAAAUUUAAUCAAAGUAGCUUUGAUGAUCCACAUCAACAUGAUCCAUUCAUUUUUGGUGCAUCACAAGCUUCAUCUCAUUUUGGAAGAGAUAGACAACUUCAUUUUGAAGUCUCUCUUGCUCAACAACCAUUGCAAAAUUCAGAGUUAUGUAUAUCUCCACUUAAUCUUAACCCACAUGAAAGUCAAAAUGCUUACACUAAUCUAAAUAACAAUAUCAACAUGAUGGAAUUGCUACAGCAUGUACAUUUGGGUCAGCACCGACAAAAGAAAAGAAAAAGAAUAAGCCAGAACUCAACAAAGCUACAAUCCAUGGCGACUCAACCUCUUCUUCUUCUUCUUCUUCCUCUACUACUCUUCAUUCUGUUACAGCCCUGUACCUUACAGCUAGUGCUGUCUGCCUCCAUAGUCAAGUAUCUCCCUGGUUUUCAAGGACCUCUGCCUUUUCAUCUUGAAACAGGGUAUAUCGGAGUUGGUGAAUCGGAGGACACCCAGCUUUUCUACUACUUUGUAAAGUCGGAGAGAAGACCAGGCAAAGAUCCUCUGUUGUUGUGGCUCGCAGGAGGCCCUGGUUGCUCUGCUUGGUCUGGCCUUGUCUACGAAAUAGGUCCACUAAAUUACAAGAUUGAGAAAUACAAUGGAAGCCUACCCAAGUUGAUCUUGAAUCGCUACUCCUGGACAAAGGUGUCCAAUAUAAUAUUUGUAGACUCGCCGGUUGGUACUGGAUUUUCAUAUUCAAAAACUUCAUCAAUAAAUCACUGGAAUGAUUUUAAACAACUGGACGACCUUUUCCAAUUUUUCAAAAAGUGGCUGAUUAAUUAUCCAGAGUUUAUCUCCAAUCCUGUUUAUAUUGCUGGAGAUUCUUUCGCUGGGAUGAUUGUCCCUGCCCUUUGCCAACUAAUCUCAAAUGGGAUUAAGGAAAGCACCCUACCAUCUAUAACUCUAAAGGGAUACAUACUUGGGAACCCUCUAACAGAUCAUUCAACAAACCAAAAUUACAAAAUCCCAUUUACACAUGGAAUGGCACUUAUUUCUGAUGAACUCUACAAGUCCCUGGAGAAUAGUUGCCAAGGAGAGUAUAAGAACAUAGAUCCCCACAAUACCAAGUGUUUGAAAACUUUCCAAUACUACCAAAAGUGCAUUACAGGAAUUCAUGAAAAUCAUAUUCUGGAACCGGAUUGCCCUCGUGAUCGUUCUCUAAAACCUCAUAAAAUUAGAAGAUGGUUGAAUCAAAUGAAUUCUAAAGUGUUUCUCCUUUCUGAUGAUGAUGAUUCACCAUUUCCUCCAUUCGGUUGUCGAAGCUAUGAUCACCAGCUUUCUCGUUAUUGGGCUAACAAUGGUGAUGUUCGCAAAGCACUUCACAUAAGAAAGGGUAGCAUACAUGAAUGGCUGCGAUGCAAUCUCGACCUAAGAGAUCAAUAUAAAAAAGACAUUGUAAGCAGCUUUCAGUAUCAUGUAAACCUUAGUGCUAAAGGCUACAAAUCUUUAAUAUACAGUGGUGAUCAUGACAUGACUGUUCCGUUCUUGGCAACUCAAGCAUGGAUAAAGUCUUUAAAUUACUCCAUUGUAGAUGAGUGGAGGUCAUGGAUUGUUGAAGACCAAGUUGCAGGGUUCACUAGGAGUUACUCCAAUCAAAUGACAUUUGCAACUGUUAAGGGAGCAGGACACACAGCUCCCCAGUACAAGAAAAAGGAAUGUUUUGCUAUGUUUCAAAGGUGGAUCAAUGGUAAACCUUUGUAAUGAAUUUAGCUCGAUAUUAUGUUUUAUUUAUUUCAAAAAAUUCCUUCUAAAAAAGCAACUAUAAAAAGAAUAAAUGAGGGAUUUAUCUAUAGUCUAUAUAUAAGUUUGUAAAAUUAUUUAUAUUAUCUACUACACAAUUAUGGCCAACACAUUGAAAAUGCGUGUAGUUUUUCUUAUAUGAAUUUAUACAUUUUUGAAUCUUGUGUAUUGUUUCAUUAUCUUUUUGGA